AUGACCGGGCCCAAGGAGGUGCCGAUGCUGUUGGGAACAUUCGCAUUUAAAACAUCCAGCAAAAAGAACAAGCUUGCUGAAGUCGCCACGGAACUGGCCAGGACACCCCGGAGCGGCACUUCCCUUCACCGGGCUCCUGCUGAGAAGCCCACUCCCACCCAGCGGUCACCAGCUCUUCACCGCAAGCCAAAGAAAGCCUCUCUACAUGGCGUAGCCUCAACGCCGUAUCGUUUGCGCAAGAGACUGAAAGAUCCCAAUGUUCAGUCAGACAGUGAGAGCGAGCUGUCCGAGUCUGUGUCGGAGGAGGAAGAUUCGCACAGCGAGGAGGAGACCGUGAAAGGCAGAGGAGGAGCGGAGGCCAACAGAACCCACAAGUUGACUCCAGCGAGGAAGAGAGGCAAACGAGGAGCUCGCAUCACUCAAGAAGUGGUGGAAGAUUACUUUGACGCCCACAAAACCUCGAAGGUCAUCACUUCUGACCGCACGUUGUCCAAGCUGCAGUCUCCACGCCUUGACCAGGAAACCCUCGGCCGCCUGCUCAGAGCUGUGCAGCUGCCGUUCCGCGAGGAGCGCAAGCAGCUGGAGCGGGAGUACCGAGGCCUCUUUGCAAAGUGGAUGACGCAGCUCAGACUGGGGUUCAAUGUGCUGCUGUAUGGACUGGGGUCCAAGCGCAAUCUGCUGGAGGAGUUCAGAUGUGCGCUCCUGCCCAACCGCUGCCAUGUGGUCAUCAACGGAUACUUCCCCUCCAUCACCAUCAAGAUGGUGUUGAAUUCAAUUAUAUCAGAAGUUCUAGAAGAUGGAAUCGGCAUUCGCAACCCUAUGGAGCAGCUGGCUCACAUCUGCUCCAGGUUCCGGCAGGAUAGCAGCUUGGAGCUCUACCUGGUGAUUCACAACAUCGACGGGGAGAUGUUGCGCGCCGAGCGGAGCCAGCGGGCUGGCCAACUGGCCAGUCUGCCGAACGUGCACCUCAUCGCCAGCGUCGACCACAUCAACGGCCCUCUCAUCUGGGAGCAGAGCAAAGUUGGCUGGUUUAACUGGCUGUGGUGCGAGGUCACGACCUACGAGCCCUACGCAGAGGAGACGUCGUACGAGAACUCGCUGCUCGUCCAACAGUCGGACUCGCUUGCGCUCAGCUCUCUCACCCACGUACUGCGCAGCUUGACGCCCAAUGCCAGGGGAAUAUUCCAGCUGCUUGUGGAGCAUGAGAUCGACAAUAAAAACAACCCCUCCAACCCAGGUUUGUCGUUCCAGGACUUCUACGAGCGCUGCCGAGUGGCGUUCCUGGUGAACAGCGACCUCACCCUGAGAGCGCAACUCACCGAGUUCCGCGACCAUAAACUCAUCCGCACCAAGAAGGGCGCUGAUGGAGUGGAGUACCUGAGCAUUCCCAUCGACGCUUCGACGCUCGGCAGCUUCAUGGAAAACCAAGACCUGGAUUCGUGA